AUGGAGGAAUUCAGACAAAUUGGUGAGGUUUUGGGAAGUCUAAGAACUCUUAUGGUUUUACAAGGCGAGUUUCAAGUCAAUCGACGACAAUGUUGCUUGUUGUUUGAUAUAUUUUGUUUGGCUUUCAAUGUAAUAGCCGAAGAAAUAAGGUUGAACCUGAAAAUCGAAGAAAAGAACAUAAAAUGGAGUCCCAUUGAUAACCCUUUGCGAGAGCUUCAAAAGAUCUUUAAAGAAGGUGAAUUAUAUGUAAAACAAUGUAUGGACAAGAAGGACUGGUGGGUUAAGGCAAUAAACCUCCAUCAAAACAAGGAUUCUGUUGAGCUUCACAUUCACAAUUUGCUUUGCCACUUUCCGGCCUUCAUUGAGGCCAUUGAGAUGGCCGGAGAGAUCGCAGGGCUCGACCAGUAUGAGAUUCAAAGGAGGAGAGUCACACUCACGAGGAAGUACGACGCCGAGUGGAACGAUCCGAAGCUCUUCCAGUUUCGAUUCGGAAAUCAGUACUUGAUCCCUCGAGAGAUUUGUAGCCGGUUCGAAAGUGCGUGGAGGGAAGAUCGAUGGAACCUUGUUGAAGCUCUGAGGGAGAAGAAGGCUUCGGAAUCGGUAACGAAGAACCAACAACGGCUAGCUAGCUUGUUGAUUCGUAAAAUUAUUGGAUCAGAGGCUUCUAACGGUGAACUUUUCCCUAGUUCAAUCUUGUAUUGCGGGGAUUACCAAGUAAGGCGACGAUUAUGGGGACAAUAUAAGGAAAUACAAUGGUUGGGAGAUAACUUUGUGUUAAGAAACUUCUUUGGGGAUGUUGAACCAUUAUAUUCUGAAAUCUCUAAAUUACUUUCACUCACUCAUCCAAACAUACUGCAAUACCUUUGUGGGUUUUACGAUGAAGAAAAGAAAGAAGUGUUGCUUGUUCUCGAGUUAAUGAACAAGGAUCUCGGUAGUUACAUGAAGGAGAAUUACGGCUCGAGAAGGCGGAUCUUGUUCCCUCUUCAUGUUGUGGUUGAUCUUAUGCUUCAAAUUGCAAGAGGAAUGGAAUAUCUGCAUUCAAAGAAGAUUUAUCAUGGAGAGUUGAGCGCUAGUAACAUCUUUCUAAAAGCUAGGAACAAUGUUGAAGGUUGUUUCCAUUUGAAGAUCUCGGGUUACGGUUUAUCUGAUGUAAAGCCUCGUUCCUCCCCGAACUCGUCACCGAGGAUGUGCGAGCCAAAACCUUUCAUUUGGUAUGCUCCAGAAGUUAUGAUAGAGCAAGAGCAGUCAUCCAAUGGAUCUUCCAUUUUGAAGUACUCAGAGAAGGCAGAUGUGUACAGCUUUGGGAUGCUUUGCUUUGAGUUAUUGGCUGGGAAACAACCGUUUGAAGGACAUGUAGAGAAGAUGAGUAGAAAUAUCUUGGCAGGGGAGAGGCCUCUUUUUCCCUACACAGUCCCAAAAUAUCUUGUCAAUUUAACGAAAAAGUGUUGGCAUACCGAUCCGAAUCAACGCCCGAGUUUCUCAUCAAUUUGUCGGAUUUUGCGCUACAUCAAGAAGUUCCUCGUGAUGAACCCUGACCAUGACUAUGAUCAGCCUGAAGUGCAAUGUCCUAUUGAAGAUUAUUGUGAGAUAGAGACAUGGUUUGCAAGAAAGUUCACUGCAAAUGAGACUUUCAAUCCACUUUCAGUUGCACAAAUCCCUUUUCAAAUGUUUGCUUAUCGGCUUGUCGAGAAAGAUCGAACUAUUAUGAACACGAAGGAUAAGAAUGGCGAGUUAACCAUCGAAGGGGCCUCGACUUGCAGAGAUGAUAUUGUUUCUAUAAUAGAGGAUCCAUUGACAGCAACUAGUGACACAAAGUCUGUUGGUUCUGAUGUGAAAUCUCGUGGUUCAGAUACCAAGUCAGUUUAUUCGGAUGUAAGAUCAGUUUACAGUGAGGUUCCGGAAAGGAGAACAAUACGGUUUCGCUCGCCCCCAAAGAGAUUGGUUUCCACAAAGACUCCAGAGAAGAGAGUUGUAAUGACAAAGAAAAACAUUAACGUGAAGGCCAAGAAAAGUUCAGGGGCAAUAAAUGGACAAUCUACUCGAUCAUCAACCUUGAACCGUGUUCACAGUACAGGGGUAAUCCGAGAAAAUCGAUCAUCAUUCAGUACAGGUUCCUUCAACAGAGGUCGGCAACAAACAUCAGGUCAUACCUCGGAUUAGCACAAAUUAAUCACCAUAAUGACUGUAAACGAAACAUUUAGAGACCAAAAGGACAAUCUACAACGACCAACAACCUUGAAAUGUCUUCAUAGUACAAGGAUAAUGAGAGAAAUGAUGGCCAUU